GGCCGGGAAUGCGAAGCGAUGGCCGCGGGCGGCUCGGGCAGCGGCGGCGGCGGCAGCGCGGAGGAGAAGACCUACCGCCGCUUCCUCGAGCUGUUCCUGGGCGAGUUCCGCGGGCCUUUCGGGGCAGAGCCGGAGCCCGAGCCGGAGCCCGAGCCGGAGCCGGAGCCGGAGCCCGAGCCGGAGCCCGAGCCCGAGCCGGAGCCAGAGCCGGAGCCGGCGGCCCCCCCUCCCGCUGCCGAAGCCGCGGGCGACGCUGACGAGGAGCCCGGGGCAGAGGGAGAAGCGGGAGCGGCCGCCGAGGCGGAGGAAGGAGAAGGCGGCGAGGGCGACGCCGGCGACCCUCAGCCGCCCGCCCCGCCGCCGCCGCCCCCGCCGCUGCCCUCGCUGCCCCGGCCGCUCUCGGAGUACAUCACGGAGGAGGAGGUGGAGGGCGAGUGCCUGGACCUCUGCCUGCAGCAGCUCUACAAGUACAACUGCCCUUCUUUCCUGGCCUCUGCUUUAGCCAGAGCAACUUCAGAUGAAGUCCUGCAGAGCGACCUCUCGGCGCAUUUCCUGCCCAAGCACGUGGACAACGCCGACGGCAUCAUCCAGAUCGAGACGGUGAAGUUGGCCCGUUUAGUUUACAGCAAACUGCACGAGAUCUGCAGCAACUGGGUGAAAGAUUUCCCGCUGCAGCCCAAGCCCCACCGCUACUACGAGACCUCCAUCCACGCCAUCAAGAACAUGCGCAGGAAGAUGGAGGACAAGCACGUCUGCAUCCCUGACUUCAACAUGCUCUUCAACCUCGAGGACCAAGAAGAACAAGCUUAUUUUGCGGUGUUUGAUGGUCAUGGAGGAGUGGAUGCUGCCAUCUAUGCCUCCAUCCACCUGCAUGUGAACAUGGUCCACCAGGAGAUGUUCCAGCACGACCCAGCCGAGGCUCUGUGCCGAGCCUUCCGCGUCACCGACGAGCGCUUUGUGCAGAAGGCAGCCAGGGAGAGUCUGCGCUGUGGAACCACCGGGGUGGUGACUUUCAUCCGAGGGAAUAUGCUGCAUGUGGCUUGGCUGGGGGACUCCCAGGUCAUGCUGGUGAGGAGAGGCCAAGCCGUGGAACUGAUGAAACCCCACAAACCAGACCGAGAGGAUGAGAAGAAGCGAAUCGAAGCCCUGGGCGGCUGCGUGGUCUGGUUUGGAGCCUGGAGGGUGAACGGGAGCCUCUCUGUCUCCAGAGCUAUUGGAGAUGCUGAGCACAAGCCAUACAUCUGUGGGGAUGCAGACUCUGCCUCCACGGUGCUGGAUGGCUCCGAAGACUACCUCAUUCUGGCCUGCGAUGGCUUCUACGACACAGUGAACCCCGAUGAGGCAGUCAAAGUGGUGGCUGACCAUCUGAAGGAGAAUAACGGCGACAGCAGCAUGGUAGCACACAAGUUGGUGGCAUCUGCUCGGGACGCCGGCUCCAGCGACAACAUCACGGUCAUUGUGGUGUUUCUCAGGGACAUGAACGCGGCGGUCGCGGUCAGCGAGGAGUCGGACUGGACAGAGAACUCUUUCCAAGGCGGGCAAGAAGACAACGGGGAAGACAAGGAGAACCAUGGAGACUGCAAACGGCCGUGGCCCCAGCACCAGUGCUCAGCACCCGCAGAUUUAGGCUAUGAAGGACGAGUGGACUCCUUCACCGACAGAACUAGCUUAAGCAUAGGGUCCAGCGUUAACCCCUUGGAUGAUCAAGGCUAUUUAGACCUGACAAAAACAGAAACUAGUACACCUCAGAGUGCCAAAUGUCUGCCACCAGUCCAAGCGUUUAGUCCUGGCAUACCAAAGAGCGCGGGGCCGAUGAGCAGCUCCCCAGUGAAGAGCGAGUCCCCGGAGCUCGGCGCGUCCUCGGGCUGCGGGCGGAGCCGUCGCAGGGAGGACAACGCCCCGCUGAGCUCGGGGGCUGCAGGGCAGGGCACCUACAGGGUCAGGGGUUUAUCCCCCUUCUUCUUCGGGCUGGAAGAUGAACUGUUCAAAUCCUUGGGAAAACGAGCUGCGUUCCCUCAUUUCCGGCUCUGCAGCGGGAAGAGGCGGCGAGGAGCCAGGCUCAAACCAAAGUUUCACGCGCCGCUCUGGGCUCAGGAGCCUUCCCAGGGAGAAGGAUCCGGCCUGGCCUUCCCUGCCCGGGGCCGCAGGAGCAGGAGGGCGUUGGCCCGACCCUCCCCGUGGUGGAGGCUGCCCGCCCAUGGCUCCUACAGCGAGCGUUUGAUGGGAAGACAAAGUCAUUGUAUACCAGACCCGCACCUCCAUCAAUGCUGUAAAAUGUAACCACCCCCUCGUGUUCCCCUGUCAGACUCCCAAAGUAGACAUUCCCCAAAUAAAACUGGCAUCGUCAGAAAGCGAAAAAAAAAAGAAAAAAAAAAGAAAAAAAAAAAAAAAAAAGAGGUGGGCAUUUCCGAACUGUACUCCAGUCCCCCGCCAAGCUCAACCCCUGUGUAAAUAGAUCUAGGAAUUAACCAAUGUAGUCAUUUCGAUCUCUAAUAAAGUUUGGUGGUGGUGCCACCCCCAGCAAUGCCGCAGCCGCCCGACCACCCGCACACACGAGUGUCCAAGUGUCCAGCCACAUCCAGCAGGGAGAGCCCAGCAGCCGCUGCACGUGGAGACAACGCCAGGGCACGGUCCUUAAACACGCAGAAAGUUGCACCUGCCUGAGAAAUGUCUGUGGAGCAAUACUCAAAGAACGAUCUGGGUUAGAACUGCCAAAUUUUCUUAGAGCGGGGGGAAGUUUCCGUAGAGUCGAGGUGUGGGGUCUUUUUUUGGGUUUUUGUUUUUUCUUUUCGUGUUCUGCUUUCUGUUUAUUCCAGGUGAGCGUUAAGAUGAAUUAGAAAAUCACAUCCACUUUUGCAGGUAGACGACUAAAAGCCAUACAGGGUUUACCAGGUACCUUAGGAAUGGACACACUAAGCUCCUGCUGCUCUGGUCUCAGACUCCCAUCGAGGUACAGACUCAUAAUAUACCUUUUUUUUUUUUUCAUGUAAUAUGAGGAGUAUGAAGAAAACUUUUCUUGCAGUUAAAAAAAAAUACAUAUUUCCUAUGGCUGGAGGUGCAGUGUAGGGAAUUUCGUAUCUUUCUGGUGCUUAUAUUGGCAUUUUUCUCAUUUCUCAGUUUAGGAAAUUGUUCUCAAUGAGUUCAACGUGAUUGUGCUUAAUGCUUUGAGCCAACCUCUGCCCACCUUAACUUCAUCUCAGGUCUUAAAAGAACCCAACCCGUGGAGGUGUCCAGUCCCAUCCCACCCUCUGUCCCCGCGCCCGUCCCAGCGGAGAUCAGGAGCUGUUGGAUGAGCUGUGUGGUUCUGGUGGAGGAUUCCCGGGUGGCAAAGGCAGCAUUUCACAUCCAGUGGCAGCAGGGAGGAUGCAGCACGGGGCGCUCAGGGCGUGUAGGAGCGAUCCAGAGGGGAUGGAAAUGCCGCGGAUGCCAGCGGAGAGGGUGGAAUUCGGUGCCCGGGCAGGGCUCUGCUCCGGCUCCCCCAGGUGCAGGAGGGCCAGGGAGGAACUCAGCCGCCCUUCUCUGCAUGAGCAGCGGCCACCAGCCCGUCCCCGCUGCCGAGGUGAGAUCGCACCCUGAGGGGAGCCGCUAAUUGGGACGUCAAUAAGCGGCCGAUUCCCAUCAGCUCCACAAAGUCCAGAUCCCGUUCCUACCCUUUGUGACAGGGACGCAUUGGGAGGAGUAGGGAUACCGUAAGUCUUCAUAGGCACUCAGUGAACAAUUCAUAUCAUUUUAGCAGUAACGAUAGCAGUAUUAGUGUUUAGCUAGAAUUUGCAAAGUAUUUUAAUAUUAAGUAGUCAAGAAAAUUAUUCAACGCGACGAGAUGGCGAGGCUUGAAUUUGCCAAUUUCUGCUGCUUCUCUCUUUGAUGCACUAUUUUAAAAGCAAUCUGAUGAACAGCAAAAGGCUUUGUGAGCAACCAGGAGUUGGAGUGUGGCUUUAGAUUCCUUUGAUCUUUUUCAGACUUUGUUUUAAUCUUACGGGAUCAUUGGCUCUUAUCUGCCAUCUUAUUCUGCCUUAGCUGUUGUCAAUGUUCUCUUUAGCUGCAGCUUCUGUUCCAAGUCAGAUUUACGGAGGAAAUUUGAGAAACCAUGAAACGGUAAAAUAUGCAACUCUGGGGCAUCUCUGCGGUGCCUUUGUUUAAAAUUAUUCACAGUAAUAAUGACUCACUCAAAGUCCAUCUUUAGCAGACUGUCGUGUUCCGGAGAGAAAGGUGGUGUAAGUGCAAUUCUCGAUGUGAGUAAAUUAGAAUGCAAACCCGUCACGGAUGAUAAAACUUCUUCCCAGUCUGCAGGAGCAGUUGAAGAGCACUGGACUGCAUGUGUGCUGUUUUGGGAAGGAUCUAGCGUUUUUAGGUGUGGAUUCAUAAAUGGUAAUUCUGCGACUCAUCCCAUUUAUCUUGCUAGGAGAAAAAAAAAUAAAAAUCCACCAUCAUAGUUGCAGUGUGGUCAGGUAAAACCAUUGUAUAGAUAGAGCAAGUGUUCAUUUCUUCACUAACUGCAUAUUUAUAGAGUAGAUAGGAACCAUUUGUAAGGUAAGUCCUUUAAAGUUCUAUAAUAUUAAAAGUAGUGGUUAUUGGUCUGAUUAUGCUGCUCUUGAUUCUACACACUAGACAAAAAGCAGUGCUUGUGAAAUGCAGUGUUUUCUCUUAAUGCCACUGGUGAUAGGAAGUAGUUCCUUCAGUUCAAACUCCUGUGCCCUUAUCUGCUGCUUGCUGACGUAAGCAAUAAUCCCUCUCUAACGGUAUCUAAGUGUUCUGUAUCUCGUACCUUGAUCGUCUAUCUGGUGACUGUGUAAAAUAUUAGGGUAAUAGAGAAGUAUCUCAUUGUAUUUAUUAACUGUUGAUACUGAGAUUCAGUCUGUGACCUGUGUUUUGUAUUUUUAUCGUGUAUCUUAGUGGUGGUGAAAAUUUGUACAACCGAUCUUUCCAAUAAAGAGCUGAAGUAUCCCUUUUCCGCGUUCACACAA